GUUUGUUUUUUGUUUGAAACUCUGAUAGAUCUUGCCUACGUAUUCGUCUACGUAUACCGUAUUGAAUACGCGUCUCCGGAGGAACUUCCGGCUGGGAUUGGCGUUGUGGCGGUGAUCGGAAGCUGAAGAGUUCAAAUCGGAGUUUUCGCUUCACUUUUGUACGUUGAAGUUAGUUUAUUAUCCUGAGCGAGCAUAAGAGGAAGAGAGAUGGGAGGAGGAGAUGGAGGAGAGAUUAGAGGACAUAAGAAGAUAACGAUUGGAGUCUGCGUCAUGGAAAAGAAGGUGAAAUGCGGAAGCGAGGUUUUUUCAGCUCCAAUGGGACAAAUUCUUGACAGGCUUAAGGCUUUUGGCGAAUUUGAGAUUAUACAUUUUGGCGAUAAGGUUAUUCUUGAGGAACCGAUAGAAAGGUGGUCAAUCUGUGAUUGUUUGAUUGCAUUUUAUUCCUCUGGGUAUCCCCUUGAGAAAGCUGAAGCAUAUGCUGCUUUAAGGAAACCAUUCCUUGUGAACGAGUUGGAACCACAACACCUUCUCCAUGAUCGACGGAAGGUCUAUGAGCGGCUAGAAAUGUAUGGAAUUCCUGUUCCAAGAUAUGCCCUGGUAAAUAGAGAAGAACCAUACCAAGAGCUGGAUUAUUUUAUUGAAGAAGAAGAUUAUGUUGAGGUCCACGGAAAUCGUUUUUGGAAGCCAUUUGUGGAGAAGCCUGUUGACGGGGAUAAUCAUAGCAUAAUGAUAUAUUACCCAAGCUCAGCAGGUGGAGGCAUGAAGAAUCUGUUUAGGAAGGUUGGGAACAGAUCAAGUGAGUUCCAUCCUGAUGUUAGAAGAGUAAGACGUGACGGUUCUUACAUAUAUGAGGAGUUUAUGCCGACAGGAGGAACAGAUGUCAAGGUCUAUACUGUUGGCCCUGAAUAUGCUCAUGCAGAGGCUAGGAAGUCUCCUGUUGUUGAUGGUGUUGUUAUGAGAAACCCUGAUGGCAAAGAAGUCAGGUAUCCUGUGUUGCUGACGCCUAAUGAAAAACAAAUGGCACGGGAAGUUUGCAUGGCAUUUAGGCAAGCGGUUUGUGGGUUUGAUCUUUUGCGUUCGGAUGGAUGUUCUUAUGUUUGUGAUGUGAAUGGAUGGAGUUUUGUUAAAAACUCUCACAAGUAUUACGAUGAUGCUGCUUGUGUGCUGAGGAAAAUGUUUUUAGAUGCAAAAGCUCCUCAUCUUUCCUCGGCAAUACCACCAACAUUACCAUGGAAAGUAAAUGAACCAGUGCAGCCUUCUGAGGGACUUACUCGUCAAGGAAGUGGACUCAUGGGGACAUUUGGGCAGUCUGAGGAGCUACGCUGUGUUAUAGUAGUUAUUCGCCAUGGUGAUAGAACUCCGAAGCAGAAAGUGAAAUUGAAGGUUACUGAGGAAAAAUUGCUGAACCUGAUGCUAAAGUACAAUGGGGGAAGACCCAGAUCUGAGACAAAGCUUAAGAGUGCCGUUCAAUUGCAAGAUUUGUUGGAUGCUACAAGAAUGCUUGUACCCCGUUACAGACCAGGUCAUGGAAGUGAUAGUGAAGCAGAAGAUCUUGAGCAUGCUGAAAAGCUUCGUCAAGUUAAAGCAGUACUUGAGGAGGGAGGACAUUUUUCUGGUAUUUAUAGAAAGGUUCAAUUAAAGCCUCUUAAGUGGGUUAAAGCUCCAAAAAGUAAUGGUGAAGGUGAAGAAGAACGGCCUGUUGAAGCACUGAUGGUUCUUAAAUAUGGAGGUGUCCUUACACAUGCUGGGAGGAAGCAGGCAGAAGAGCUGGGUAGAUUUUUCCGAAAUAAUAUGUAUCCAGGUGAAGGUACUGGUCUUCUUCGCCUUCAUAGCACAUAUCGUCAUGAUUUGAAAAUUUACAGUUCUGACGAGGGCCGAGUUCAGAUGUCUGCAGCUGCUUUUGCUAAAGGCCUGCUUGACCUUGAAGGGCAACUAACACCGAUCCUGGUCUCCCUUGUUAGCAAGGAUUCCUCUAUGUUGGACGGACUUGACAAUGCCAGCACUGAGAUGGAAGAAGCCAAGGCUAGGCUGAAUGAAGUUAUAAGUACUGGUGUGAGGAAAAAUCAUAGUAAUGGAACAUCUAAAGGUCCUUGGAUGACUGACGGAGCUGGAUUGCCUUCUAAUGCUUCUGAGCUCCUUCCCAAACUGGUAACCUUGACUAAGAAGGUUACUGAACAAGUCAGACUGCUUGCCAUGGAUGAAGAUGAGACUCUUACAGAAGCAAGCCCAUAUGAUGUGAUUCCUCCAUAUGACCAAGCAAAAGCUCUUGGCAAGACAAAUAUUGACAUUGAUCGUAUUGCUGCUGGAUUGCCUUGUGGCAGUGAGGGAUUCCUCUUAAUGUAUGCUCGAUGGAGAAAACUUGAAAGAGAUUUGUAUAAUGAACGUAAAGGACGCUUUGACAUCACUCAAAUUCCUGAUGUUUAUGACUCUUGCAAAUAUGAUCUUCUGCACAAUGCUCAUCUUAAUUUGAAAGGUAUAGAUAAGCUCUUCAAAGUUGCCCAGCUUCUUGCAGAUGGCGUCAUCCCAAAUGAAUAUGGAAUUAAUCCGAAGCAAAAACUAAAAAUUGGUUCAAAGAUUGCGCGCCGUUUGUUGGGUAAAAUUUUGAUCGAUCUGAGGAAUACUCGUGAAGAAGCCCUCAAUGUUGCCGAGUUAAAGAGCAAUCAAGACAAGUGCUCAAAAUCGACAAAGACCGAAAAUGAUGAUAAAGAGUCCCCACCAAAGUUCUUCAUCAAUGCUGAUGACACAAGACUAUCUAGCACAGCAAGUGAAAUUUCAAUAGAUCCAGAUGAUGACGAUGAUAAAGAAACCAAAUACCGUUUGGACCCGAAGUAUGCAAAUGUGAAGACACCAGAGCGCCAUGUGCGAACACGCCUUUACUUCACAUCAGAAUCUCAUAUCCAUUCGCUCAUGAAUGUACUUCGUUACUGUAACCUGGAUGAAUCUCUUCAGGGAGAAGAUAGUCUCAUCUGCCAGAGUGCUUUAGAGCGUUUAUAUAAAACCAAGGAGCUUGACUACAUGAGUUACAUCGUGAUACGGUUGUUCGAGAAUACAGAUGUAGCAUUAGAAGACCCGAAAAGGUUCCGCAUCGAGUUGACAUUUAGCCGCGGUGCAGAUUUAUCCCCGUUGGAGAUGAAUGAUAGCAAGGCUGCUUCACUUCCCCAAGAGCAUACGUUGCCGAUAAAUGGUCCGGAAAGGCUGCAAGAACUUGGAUCCUAUCUCACGUUAGAGAAAAUGGAGAAGAUGAUUCGCCCGUUUGCAAUGCCGGCCGAAGACUUCCCACCUCCGUCAGUUCCUGCCGGAUUUUCGGGUUAUUUCUCCAAAAGUGCAUCGGUGCUCGAGCGACUGGUGAAUCUUUGGCCUUUCCAUAAGAAUGCUGCUCAUACCAAUGGCAAGUAACAAGUGUGUUCCUUCUUAAUUCUCCUUUCUCAACUUCAGUUUUCCAUUCCUUUUUUCUUUUGAUGUUUUAAGGCAUAAUACCAAAAAUAUCCCCCAACAUUUACUAAAAUGAUCAUUUUGGCCCCUAUUCUUUUUUAGCAUUUUGGCCCCAUCGUUUCACUUUGGGGGUAAAAAGCUCCCUCUAUCAAUGAAAAACAUUAGUUAA